AAUUAACGUCCUCCCCUUUUACCAAAUGAUCGCGACAAAGCCUAAGUGAAAGCAACCGAGAUCAUUAUAUAUUUUUUGCGAUAACAACUAUUCUUGAACUAAUGUCUGCCAUGUCUACCUCAGCUAAUUUUUCAGAACCCGAACAUUCCGGACUGUUAAAGUUUUUAUCUGCUGCGUUCUACGCUGUCAGUUCUUUUUUGAUCAUUGUUGUGAACAAAACGAUUCUCACAAACUACAGAUUUCCCUCCUACAUGUUUCUAGGAAUUGGCCAGAUGACUACUACAAUCCUCAUUCUCUAUUUUGCUAAAAUGAACCAAACAGUUCACUUCCAAGACUUUGACAGAAGUGUUCUCGUCAAAAUCUUCCCCCUACCUUUGCUGUAUGUUGGAAACCACAUAACAGGACUGGCUAGUACAAAGAAGUUAAGCUUACCCAUGUUCACGGUAUUAAGGAAGUUCACCAUAUUGAUGACAAUGAUCAUGGAAGCAAGGCUAUUGAGAAAAACAUUCCCUAAUCGUCUUAUCUACAGUGUUCUGGCCAUAGUUUUUGGAGCUUUGGUGGCUGCCAGCUCUGACUUGGCCUUUGAUGCAGAGGGCUACACGUUCAUUCUGCUUAAUGAUGUCUUCACUGCUGCCAGUGGUGUGUACACCAAGAAGAAGCUGGGAACUGAGGGUCUUGGAAAAUAUGGGAUCUUAUUUUACAAUGCAUUCAUCAUCGUCGUCCCGACUCUUCUGGCAAGUGCAUUUACUGGGGAUUUACACAAGGCCAUCACAUAUGAACACUGGUUGAAUGCCCCCUUUGUUUCCUGCUUCCUUAUUUCCUGCCUCAUGGGGUUUGUGCUGAUGUAUUCCAUAGUGCUGUGUAGCCACUACAACUCUGCACUGACCACCACGGUGGUGGGAGCAAUUAAGAACGUUGCUGUGGCCUACAUCGGCAUGUUUUUAGGUGGAGACUACCUGUUUUCAUGGACCAACUUCCUGGGGUUAAAUAUUUGUAUAUCAGGGGGACUUGUGUAUUCCUACCUGACGUUCCACAGCAGCAGCAAACCAUCCCAAAGCGUUGAAAGCGGAAUACAGGGAAACCAGGACCAGCUGAUCAUUCCCAUGAUGGAAGAUUCCAUAGACAGACUCCCUGUGAAAUAAGUGAAUAAACCUGUGAUGAACCAGGUGAGACACGAUGCCGUAGUCUUUUUCUGUACUGUAAGCAGUAAACACUGCCUUUGGUAUCGUCUCCAUAGUGGAGCAAAAGUUAUAACAUUUUGUACUAUAUGUAUUAUUACACAUGUAAAUAGCAAUACUAUAUGUAUUAUUGCACAUGCAAAUAGCAAUACUAUAUGUAUUAUUACACAUGCAAAUAGCAAUACUAUAUGUAUUAUUGCACAUGCAAAUAGCAAUACUAUAUGUAUUAUUACACAUGCAAAUAGCAAUACUAUAUGUAUUAUUGCACAUGCAAAUAGCAAUACUAUAUGUAUUAUUACACAUGUAAAUAGCAAUACUAUAUGUAUUAUUACACAUGUAAAUAGCAAUACUAUUUGUAUUAUUGCACAUGCAAAUAGCAAUACUAUAUGUAUUAUUACACAUGCAAAUAACAAUACUAUAUGUAUUAUUACACAUGCAAAUAGCAAUGACCACUAGUAGUUACUAACCUCCUCUUGAAACCAAUGUGUGUGACUGAAAGACAUACUGUAGUGUAGUGUAUAGAGCUGUAUGUUCAAUGAGAACUAAACUACAGUUUAGUGAUGCAGCUCUUAACAAUCAAUGAACCUAACUAUAAACGUGAAGAAAUGAAACUAGCUCCUAGUCCAUGAUCAAUGAUGGUGUUUAUUGAAGACCAACUAGUACCAACAGUGGACUGCCUAUAAAAAGAAUCUUGGCUUUAAACACCAACAAUGUCAUCUCCACAGAGCAAGUCAGAACAUUUCCUAUCAAGGCCUAAAACACACCAAUUCUGACUAUGGUCUGUUUAACACGGUGGGAGAGAAAGUGAAUUUCACAAUCAUCUACACAUGAACUUCAAGCUCUUGUACUGUAGAUUGUGUGCAGUCAUUUUUCUCCUUCUCUUUUUCUAACAAACAAGUUAGGGAAUAUAUUAACUGACGAAACAUUUUGAAACCAAAUAAUAAACAAUGAGUUAGAAAAACAAGAUAUAUACAUUAUACUUGGGUAUAAUAAUACAUCAUUUGGUGCUUUGACUAUCAAAUAAUAACUGUUGUCCAGUUUAGCCUGUACUCCAUCAAAAGAUGUAUAGGACACGUUAUCACACUGGACAGUGUGGUCCAUUCAACGUCUAGUUUAAUUUACAUUUGUUUGAAUUGUAAAGUGAAUUCAAUGUGAAAUCUUUUUGUUUUAGUUUUAUGUCAUUGGUUAGAAGUUGGGUGAAAAAAAUACAAACCAAAAUACCUUCAUGUUGAUGACUUCUUGUAAAUCCAAAGUUUUCCAAAUUGAUUUAACGUCAUAACAUUGCAUUUCAAAAACAAAUUGAAAUGCUGUGGAAACAACAUUGAUUCAACCAGUUUGUGUCCCAGUGGGAUACAACAUAUUGAAUCACGUAUGGCCAAUAAAGGAUCUGGGUAUUGCGAGAAGCACAAACCUAAUCAAACAACCAAAACAUAUAUUUAAAAACAAUUGACCAUUGAUCAUAAAAUCUUUACACAAUGUUAAAAGAUGUAGUGUUGCUAACAAAUGAUAAAACGCCAACGCCAAGCAAUCAUUACAUCCUCUAGACAUUUCUCUAGACCGGUCUGAUAAGUGGAAACGUUACAUUGAAAACUUCAUCCAUAAAGGCAAAACUUAAUAGCAGAUAAAUACUAGUUCUGCUGCAAAGGGGUGUGACAUUCUAAUUGCUAUUACUUGACAUGGAUAUACUAAAUGACCGAGGAGGGACAUGAUCAAUACUGCUCAGUGGAAUUAUUCAGUAUGUCCGUACUCGGAGAAAGCUUGUGAUAGCAAAUCGUUGUCAUCAAUAAGGUCAAAUAAACAUGAUGAAAUAAAUACCUAUGGAAGCGUU